UAAUGUCAACACAAACAUUUGAUUUUUUGACAACCCGAGGACCUGUUGUCAGAUUCUUUUCGCUGUUUUGAAAGUGGUGGCGUCCGAUUUGUUGUUUACUGUGUAGUUCAGCAAUCAACAAACCAUAUUUUUCAUAAAAUUAUCAUUACAUUCUUAAUUCGAUGUUCUAUUAGUGUACGUAAUUGGCUUUGUAGCUGUGAAGUGAUUUGUGGAAUUUAGUGCGAAACUAUUUCAGCUCUGCAGAAACCAUCUUCUUGCGCGUUUCGACGUAUACUUCGAUUAAACACAUUUCUAACAAUGGACCGAAGAGGGAGUAAACCGUUUACACGAAUUACAAACCAACAACUGUCCAGGCUGAUAAGCUUAAUGGAAAAUGAACCUGCCAUUGCGAAUAACGCUGUAAGGGGCCCGCAGACUGCAUUUUGGAAAAAAGUUGCUAAAGAUCUGAACGACCAUGGACCGGUAGUUAGAGACACAUCGUCGUGGAAACGGGUUUGGUUUGACUAUAAAUGUAGUGUAAAGAAACGAGUACGGCAACAAAAUGACGACAUUGCGGCAGGCAAUUAUCCAAGGGUACUUUCCGUGAUGCACAAAAGAGUAGUGAAACUGUUAAACAUUGAAAUGAAGAAGGUGAAACUAUCGGAAGACAUGGCUUCCGGCUCGGAAGACAUGCCCAGCGUUCAGGCAAACGGUUUCAAAAAUAACACUUUCGAUGCGGAAGAUUCAAACACGCUUGCGAGCAUGUUGCAAGACGCGUCCGAUGAUAAUAUUCCAUUAGCGAAGCAAAGCUCGUCGAGGGAGAUCAAUAACUGCCAAAAACGGUUGGAAAAACUUCCCAAUAUAACCAUCACAAAGCAAAGGCAUGAUAAGGACCCAUUGGCCAACGGGACUAACAACUAUUCGGCUGACGAAGAGUCAAAUCCAAUGCCCUUCGGAAAAUGGCGGAAAAGUGUACGAGAUGCUAAAUUUCGCAAGGCUCUCGAAACUAACAAAGAAAUGAUUGUAGCGAUGAAUGCUUCGUUGACCGCUAGCCAUGAACUAACCGCUCAGUUACGAGCAACGAAGAAAUCAUGCGAUGAGAUGAACGAGAAUAUGAAGAAUGUAAAUAGUACGCUGCGGGAAUUAAUAGAGGUGUUGAAGAAGAAAUAA